GGAAGCUCAGAGCUCACAGUGACAGCGCUGGGCGUUCUAUUAUUCGGGUGCUGUUUGCUGUUCGGUUCCAUGCCCGGGCUCUGGUGGUUCUCUCUAUCGGUUCUGGUUGUUUUUGUCGCCGUUUUGUAUCAGCUUGAAAACUCACCCAGCGUGGAACUACCCAGGAUGGCAAAUGACUUCAAUACUAAAGAAGAGGACUACAAAAAGCUUAACAAGUCCUGCUUCAUUCUUGGGGCCACAGGAGAGACUGGCCAAGAGCUGCUGAAGGAAAUUAUUAAUCGCCAACUCUUCAGUAAAAUUACCGUCAUUGGCCGCAGGAAGCUGCCUGUGGAAGACGAGGCCUAUAAGGAUGUGGCGCAAGAAGUGGUUGAUUUUGACAAGUUAGAUGACUCUGCUGCAGCUUUUCAAGGUCAUGAUGUGGGUUUCUGCUGCUUGGGAACCACUAAAGCAAAAUCCGGGGAGGCUGGCUUUAUUCGUGUGGAUCAUGAUUAUGUUCUUAAGUCGGCACAGUUGGCAAAAGCAGGUGGAUGCAAACACUUCAAUUUGGAGUCCUCUAAAGGGGCUGACAAGGGGAGCAGCUUCCUGUAUCUGAAAGUCAAGGGGGAGGUUGAAGCGGAGGUCGGAGAGCUGGACUUUGAACGCUACACAAUCUUCAGACCAGCAGUUCUGCUGUGCGAUAGAAAGGAGUCGCGUCCCACAGAAUGGAUGACGAGGAAGGUUUUAGCGCCAAUAGCUUAUAUGUUCCCAACCGCUCUCUCUGUGCCUGUUAAGGUCCUGGUAAAGGCAAUGGUAAAUAAUGCGGUGUUGCAAAGCGACCAGAAAGCAGAACUGCUGGAAAACAAGGCAAUACACAUGCUUGGGAACCUGGAGAAGACAAAGGGUUAAUUAAAUGCUAUCCUAAAAUGUAUAAAGGUUUACUGGUUUAAACAGGAAGUGCGGAGAACAGACGAGAGAACUGAAUUUUAGGGCAGAAUUGUGAAACUGUAAAAAUAGCCAAAGAUUGAUUUUCUAACUCCGUUUUCCAAUCAACCUUUUUUUGCAUAACUUUUUUGCAAUUUCCCAAGUCCAUUCUCCACAAUUCCCAAUUCAAUUAAUAAAUCCUCGUAUUUCCAUGAACUUUUAAUAGUUUGUUUCAGGAAUUUACCAAAACCAGGGCUUGCA